UGCGAAUUUGUGUGUGAAGUUUUACACCGAGGUGCUGGGCAUGACUUUAUUGGAGAAACAGGAAGUUUCGCCGUACAACUUCGACCUGUAUUUCUUCGCGUAUUUGACGGAUGAGAUGAAGCAAAAAGUGCCAGACUUUAGCAAGAUCGGUACUAUGGAGAGCAAAAUCCAAGCGCAAAGGGAGUGGCUGUACCAGUUACCCGUCACGACACUGGAAAUCCAGCACAUGCGGAAUAUGGACAAAACAGCACCCGUGCUCGCCGGGCCGGAUGACUUAUCCCCGG